CACUCCUGCACAGUGAGCAGCCAAGGCCUCUAGAGCAUGGGCGUGGUGGCCUGGGGAGGACCCACACACUAAAGAGGAAUUUCUCCACCAGAAGAGGCUUCACUCCAAGAACCAUGUGAUGACAUUCAAAGCUGUAAACUUGAAUGAUUGACCAUCUUCCUUUCUGAAGUUAUAUGGAAAUUUGUCAAAAUCUCGACCCUUGGUGGGGCAAGGCUGUUUGAAGAAACAUGGUGAAUUAUUACAAAGUACUAGGGGUGCCUCAGAAUGCCUCCUCCUCUGAUAUCAAGAAGGCUUUCCACCAGUUGGCUCUGCAAAUACACCCAGACAAGAAUCCAGGAGACAAGGAAGCAGCAGAGGAGAGAUUCAAACAAGUAUCAGAAGCCUAUCGUAUCUUAUCUGAUGCCAAGAAGCGAAAGGACUAUGACAGGUCCAGAUGGAGCCGUACCAGAGGAGAAAUCAGAGGUGAUAGCCAUACCAGAGGAGAAAUCAGAGGUGAUGGCCAUACCAGAGGAGAAAUCAGAGGUGAUGGCCAUACCAGCGAAGACAUCAGGGGUGAUGGCCGUACCAAAGUGGAACUCAGAGGUGAUGCCAGAGACAAAACCCAUUUGGAGGAAGAACUGUGCUUUCGGAGGCCACGCUGCACCUUCCAGAAGGUCACUGAAGAUGAAGACCUCUUUUCAGGAGACUGUUGGUUCACUGGUCCCAUGGCUCAGUCCAGAAGAGCCUCUUCCCCCUUCUUUAGUGUCACCCCCAUCAUGGACACAGGAUUUUCUACUUUCAUGUCCCUAGGAUCAAAAUUGAGUCCUUGUGCCUCUGAGACACAUGUACCAUAUGUAAGCCAUGGAAUGGGAAAGUUCAGACUGGUCACCACUUGUAGCUGGAUAGUGAAUGGUCAGAGAGUUGUCACAAAGAAAGUUGUAGAGGACAUGAGAGGACCAAUGAAAAUAGAGAAUGAACGCCUGUUGCAUCGGAAUCCUUCACGUGAUUGGAAAUUGAUGGAAAAUCCCUGCUCUUGAUGACGAGAAAUGACGUGCUGACAGGGCUGCAGUUGAAACUGGGGCCUGCUCUGAAAAUCUACGAGUAUCAUGUAAAACCUCUUCAGACCAAGCAUUUAAAGAACAGCUCUUCCUAGUAAAGUGAAAUCGAGGUCUCAGUCCUCAGAACAGGA